CCCAAAAACAAAUAUGCUAUCGGGCUGGUAGAUUACUGCCUUUAUGGCGUGCAAUAUUAAACAAGGAUAGAGCGGAUAUAGUGAAGGUCAACAUUCUGGAAACGUUUACGCGCUGUACAGUUUCGCUUUCGGAAGUGAGGAGGAAGCGCAUGCGCGUACUGCUGCUUCGUCUGCUGAGACCUAAGGUCUUGUUUCCAGUAGGCCUAUGUUGUUAGAGAACCUUGACAGUAUCAGUCAAGAAAAUAAUUAGACACCUGCCUGUUGGUUCCUUUAAUAAUAAAAAAAAUGGACGGGAAAUACCAAUUGUUGCUUAAACUAUGAAGUUAAUUCUCCCGAUAAUUAUUUAGGAUCUUACCAUUUGGAAGCAUUUCAGUCAGGCGGUGGCUCCGGUUUUGUUGGCAGAGAACUGACCCGGUUUCUAUGUAAAUCAGGUCAUGAAGUCACUAUUAUAUCAAGGCAACCAGGUCCUGGACGUAUCACAUGGGCUGAUCUGGAGAGUAGCGGCCUCCCACCAUGUGAGGGCGCUGUCAACCUGGCUGGGGAGAAUUUCAUGCAUCCCCUGCGCUGGUGGAAUGAGAGCUUUAAGAAAGAUCUGUUCUCCAGUCGGAUUGAUACAACUAGAUCUCUUGCAAAAGCCAUUGCAUCCUCUUCCAGUCCUCCUCGGGCCUGGGUCCUGGUCACAGGAGUGGGUAGCAUGUUAUAAACCCAGCCAGACGAUGCAAUACACCGAAGAGACGGAGUGGAACCCCUUUAAUUUAUUUUCCCUGCUGGUGAAAGAGUGGGAGGCCGCCGGGAGUCUCCCAGAAAACGUGGCUCGGAACACCAGGCACGUGGUCGUCAGGUCAGGGCUCGUUCUGGGUGCAGAUGGGGGCGCUAUCAAGCAGAUGCUCCCCCCCUUCCGGCUGGGCUUGGGGGGGCCCCUGGGCUCUGGUCAGCAGCCGUUCCCCUGGAUCCACGUUGCUGACUUGGCAGGAAUAAUUGCCCGUUCACUGGAACCGCCCUCAAAGCCCGUUCCCAGCAUUCCAGAGAUCUACAACGGAGUCGCUCCUGCCCAGAACACCAACUAUGAGUUCACCAAGGCCCUGGGCCGGGUCCUGCGGCGGCCCGCGGUGCUCCCGGCUCCCAGGCUCGUCUUGCAGGCGCUGCUGGGUGUGGAGAGAGCCGCGGUGCUUACCGAGGGUCAGUGGGUGUUACCCAAGAGAACUCUGGAGUCGGGGUAUGAGUUCCAGUACCUAAACCUCGAGUCGGCACUAAAGGAGAUCGUGAGGAGUUAACACCCUGUUUGUCAGUGGACUGCUCAGCUUGUUCAUACACACGUGCACUUUUCAUGCACUCUCAUUUUGAGUAGCUUGAUGGUUACUUUCAUCUAACUAUAAAACAUUAUAAUAGUGUCAUGCAGAGCCUGGUUCCGAAGCCAAUUGCCUAGAACAUAGAACACUACAAUCCCUCAGGACCUUUGCAGCCCUGGUUCUGAGUGCCUUUGGUGUCCCCCAUAGAAUUUAGCACAGCAUGUGUUAAAGAACUUCAAGGGUACUAAGAACAACAUCUCGACCAAGAUCAGAAUGUGCUCUCUCUUGAAAUCUGAGUUUUGUUAGACUGGUGUCUGUGUCUGCUAAUCAUGUUAAGUGCCCUCAUUACCACGUUAUCAAUUCAGCUUUUUUGCUUGAAAUCCUAAGCCGGAGCAAUCGUUUGUUUUUUCACUGUGUGGUGAUGGCUGAUUGCCAAAUACAGUGUUCUGCUGGACGAUUAUGGGACGUAAAUGAACACUUGCACAAACAAA